UCAGAAGGCAUCCUUUACCUCUAACCUUGUAUAUGCUGAGCAGAUGCUUAAUCCUUGGCCUGCUCGGGACAUGUGUGGUGGUUUUGGGUAACCAAGGGCUCAACUAUAGCUCCCCUACUCUCUCUGCAGGCAUUAGUAACUUGAUGCCUGCUUUUACAUUUGUUCUUACAAUGGUUUUCAGGUAAGACAAGUCUUCUGAUCUACUGUAUAUGUUAAGCACAGAAUGCUUUUGUCUGGAAACUGCCAUGAAUUGUUCUAAACUUUAGGAUGGAGAAGUUUUGAGGUGAAGAGAAGAUCAUGGCAGGCAAAAUCAGUGGGCACAAUUGUGUCAAUCAUACGGGCAUCUGUCAUGACUCUAUAUCAAGGACCAACAAUCUUGGGAUCUUCGUCUAUUUCGUCUAUUUCGUCAGAUGAAUAUUCGUCAAGAUGGGUGGUGGGAGGUGUUAUGAUUGUAGGCGCAUACCUUUUUUGCAUCUGGGUGGAACAUUCUUCAGACAGCUACACUAAAGGAUUACCCAGAACAGAGUACAGUAAUGUUCUUCGGUACUGGCUUUGGGAGCAUCCAAUGCGCAAUUGUUUCAGUACUAGUAGAAAGGAAGGUAGAUGCUUGGAAGCUGCAGCCUGGCAUUGGAAUGGCUGCCAUUGCUGUUUCUGCGGUUUUAGAGCCUCUGUGUAGCAAAAAUAUUGCUGCCUUCUGCUUGGACAUGAAGGGUCCGCAGUACGUUGCCAUGUUCAAACCCCUGGGAGUUGUCAUUGCAGCAAUUCUCAAUCUCCUAU